UACUGUAUCUGCAACAAUGACUAUUAACAGAUUUGAGCGAAUCAAAAGUAAUCUCCACCUGUCAAACAACCUUGACAGAACAGAUGAUAAGUUGGCCAAAAUAAGGCCUCUUAUUGGUGCCUUCAAAAAGAGUCUAUUUAACCUUGUGCCAUCCGAGAUGAUCAGCAUUGAUAAACAAGUAGUACCAUUUAAAGGCAAAAGCAGCAUAACAACGUACAACCCCAAAAAGCCCUACAAGUGGGGUUACAAAGUUUUUGUUGCCUCUGAUAACCAUGCGAUUGUCCAUGAUUUUGAAAUAUAUACUGGGAAAAUUUCAAAAUGUCAGGGACAAGAAGACAUAGGUGCUGCUGGCCAUAUUGUGCUUACCUUACUACAAAACAUUCCUUGUGAUGUGUGGCAGAAAGUAUACAUUGACAGUUGGUUUAAUACACUGCAGUUGCAGGUUGUUCUGUAUAAACAAGGUAUAGCCUGCUUAGGGACUGUCAGGACCAACCGCCUAAAAGGAUGCACUUUUCCAUCGGACAGGGAGCAUUCAAAAAGUGGGAGGGGCUCUUCCAUUCUAAAAAGUGUUAUUUUGGAUGGAGUUGAAAUAAAUGUCAUUAGUUGGCUAGAUAGAAAGCCUGUCACCCUUCUUAGCACAUUUGCUUCAAUAUUACCAACCAAAACUGUAAUGCGCUUUGAUUGGAAAUUGAAACAUGACAUUGAUGUCAGUUGCCCUUCAGCCGUAAGCAUAUAUAAUUCUUUUAUGGGUGGGGUUGAUUUGUUGGAUUCUUUGGUGGCUCUGUAUAGAAACCCAAUCAGGUCAAAGAAGUGGUACCACAGAUUAUUGUUCAAUUUUUUGGACUUGAUUGUUGUUUAGUCUUGGCUUCUGUACAGAGAGGAUCAUAGAGAUGGUGGAUCAUCUACACCAAAGCCAACUUAUCUUCCCCUGCUACAGUUCAAGCUUGAACUUUCUCAGUGUCUGAGAGGUUGCAAGCUGAACAAAAGACGAGGCCAUCCAUGCAUGGAGGUGGAUAAUCUGCUCCAAAUAAAAAAGAUGAGGUCCACCAAAGCAAUUGUUCCACCUUCCUGUUUGCGGACAGACAAUUUAAGACAUUUCCCUACACUGUCAGAGAAAAUGGGACGUUGUAAAUAUCCCAAUUGCACUGGCUACACA